AUGACAUUGCCUACCCCUGUGCCCUCAACGGCACUUCGAUUGACUCAGAUCGUCUUUGCCAUCUUCUUUUGGUAGGUCUCCCACGCGAACAAGCUUGAUCAUCGUCGUGCUUUGCCAGUCGAGGGCGGAAUGAUUUCCACUUUUCGGCGUUAUCGCAUUCGCCUAUCUCUAUCACUCGAUAGACGUCAAGCUUGCCGAAUCGCUGACGUUGUGAUCGGGAUGAUUGUGGAACAGUUUGACAUGUGCGGGUGUGAUCUUCGGGUUUGCUGGUAAGCAAGGCAUGUCAGCUCAAGUGGUGCACUGGGUCAUCUGCUGACGAUUCACACGCUGUACCACGUCGCACCGGCACAUGAUCAAUUCCUGCCGGACUCCGACGGGAUUGACGGUGACGUCGGCUCUCCGGCUGCAGCCCUCAAGCCGGUGCUUAUACAAGAAGGUGCGCACAGCACUUGGAUUGUAUUUCAAUGUAUGACAUAACUAACACCUAUCGCUUGUAUUUAGGUGUCUACGCGGACUACUGCAAGCCCGGGGAGCGCACGACCGACCCGACGACGGGUGAAUGGCUGCUGUGCGAAAGCCAGGUGAGCCGAGGCUGGAGGGUUUGACUAUCGAACAGAGCUCAGCACUGAGAUCAUGAAUACCCUUCCUUUCAGGACAUCAAACUCAACUUCAUGUUCACUCUGAGUGCUGGUGUCACAAAUGUACGUGGCAUUCUCUCUCCGAACCGGAAUCCUUCGGGUGUCCACCGCAGCCGUGGCAAGAUCAAAGAAUGCAUCUCGAACGUCUCGAAGUUCUGGCGUUCAUCUACUCACACCCUCGAAAUUCUUGUAUACCCAUAGAUUGCAUGCCUGCCAAUUGGCUAUACCCUCGACAAACUCGGGCCACGAAAAACUUCUCUCCUCGGUGCGACGCUCUUCAUCCUCGGCAACUUCUUCUUCGGACUCGGUUACCGUUCCACAUGGAUGGACACCUACGUCCUCGGAUUCCUUUUCUUGGCACUUGGAGGUCCUUUGAUCUUUUUGCCUUCUUUCCAUCUCUCGAAUGCCUUCCCGGCUUAUUCAGGCUUGAUCCUCAGUGGGAUGACAGGCGCUUUCGACGCGAGUUCGAUCCCUUACGUCGUUUGUAAGUACUUCAUCAGAAACGUCGCUGAUCGCUCGACUAGAGUUAGACUGAUCUGAGAGUACUCGCAUAGAUCGAGCUCUCUAUGACAAGGUCAAGGGAGGGAUUUCCUUGCGCACAUUUUUCUGGUUCUACACCGUUAUCCCCUUCAUGUGAGCCUGUGUUUCUCGGGUCCAGGCAGAAGAAAUCUACAGGUACUGAGCAUUCUCAAGUCUUCAACAGCGUCAUCGUCGAACAACUCUUCAUCGGUCCCCCCGAAAUCUACCAACGCCCUCAAGCCAUCGCCUUACCCCCCGACAUCGAAGCACCCACUACCGACCCGACCAACCUCGCCGUCCCCUCCUCCGAUCCCUUCCAAACCGGCCCCGAAACCCCUCACGACUCGGCCUUCGAGAUCUCCGCUUCGGCCUUCUCCCGCGUCCAUUUAGGAGCUCCCGAGGACUUGCCUUCCGUCGAAGCGAUCUUGGACGGGAAGGAACAGCUUCAUGAUUCGUUGCAUGGUCUUUCGGCACGGGAUCAGAUUAUGAGUUGGUGGUUCGUAUGCUUGACACUCUUUGUUUGUAUCCAUGUACGUUCCUCUCCCUUUUCUACUGGGAGAGCCUGCCGCAGCACACUCAUGUUUGACCCCUGACACCUUUCCCCCCCUCUCUUCAUCUCGUCUCAGAUGGCCCGCAUCAACUUCUACAUUCAAUCCGUCACCUCCCAAUUGCUCUACUACCUCCAAUCCCCCUCCCUUACCCUCUCCCUCUCCAAAACAUUCACGCUACUGCUCCCCCUCGUCGGCUUCCUUGGCAUCCCUUUGAUCGGUUACUUGCUCGACCAUCGUCCGUGGGUCGAAGUACCGAUCAUCUUGUUCCUUAUGGGUUUAGGUUUCGGUAUAUUGGGAAUGAGUGAAGGGUAUAUAGGACAAUUGGCGGGUAUCUUGAUAUUUUGUCUAUUCCGACCUUUGAUGUGUGAGUACCGACGAGUCCGAACCCCCCAUCUCGAGCGCGUUCCCUCACGCACAGCCCCUGAUCGAAAUCCUCCCCCCCCCCCCCCCCCCCCUCUAACCCCCCCUUUUUAGACACCGCCCUCUCCUCCUCCUUCGUCCUCAUCUUCGGCUUCGAACAUUUCGGUUCCGUCUACGGCCUAUCCAUGACCCUAUCCGGCCUCGUCGGCCUCCUCAACGCACCCCUAGACGUCCUCGUCAAAACUCGUUUAGACGGUCAUUUCGUCGGCGUCGAUUGGGGCUUCGUGGUGUUGGGCUGCGCGAGUGCGGGUUGGUUCGUAGGGAGGGUUAGGAGAGGUACGAAGGGGGGGGGAGGAUGGAUUAGCGACAAGAUCUGGGUUUAG